CGAACCAGAAGAGAUUAAGCGGUUGCGAAAAUUUCGGUAGAGCGAGGCUGAAUUAUUUAGCAGCGCGGAAGAACGUAUCGGUGGUAAGCAGCAAGCACUUCCUAUUUCCGUUCCGUAAGCCUCCUUGCCUUUUUGUCCCGCUCGACAACAAUGGACCGACUCGAUUUCCAGCGCGGAAACGCGUUUCCUACAGUUGCUUGAGCCGAUUCCGCCGUCAGCAAGGAGGCAAACGAAGAAAAAGCAUCGAUCUUGGGGAAAAAAGCGACACGGGUUCCGAAUACCUGGUACCUACGGCGCUGGAAAAAAUAUGGGAAACCCCAUCCUUGGAAAAGAAGUGGGGGCGACCGUGAAGGAUGGGGUGGUUACCGUGCGAUACGUGGGUAUAAUAUUUCAAUGCUCGCCGGAGCCUGUCCGGCAAGGCUCGUCUCUCGCUGCCAUCUCUGUCAAGUAAUGUUAUUAUAAUUAUACGCGUGUGUGCUUGGUCGGUCAUUUCUUGUGCCCGUCCAUCCCCACUUCCACACGCCACCCCUUUGUCUGUCUUUCUCUUCUUUCACCUUUUCCGCCACUAGCGCCGAGCUGCCUGCCUCUUCUGUCGCCUCUCUUCUCCUUUUUACCUCGCCUUUCUCGUCCCUCUGCUCUCUGUUCGACGUUCUCUAUGCCCGGGUAUUGUGCAAUUAAAAUGUCGUAAUUGUCCUUUGGAAUUUAUCUUGAAAUUCGUCGCUCGCCAGCCUUUCAUCUCCCCCGUACUCGCUGUUUCGCGAUACUCGUUUGGAUAGAGAUAUCGAACCGUCGAAUCGUCGAUAUGAAACGUUACAGGCGUUUAAAGCGAUAACGCAAUAUUACACCUCUUAUCUGCUCGAUAUACGACAAAAUUUCUUCCUACGUAUCUCUAUCGAAUAAAAUUUAUUCCUUUCCUGAAACUAUUCCGUUAUCUUCUUCACAAACUUCACAAGAAUAAAGUUGUAUCCAUUCGAAAGUAUCCAGUAUGAAGUAUUUUCUUAACACUUGUAUAUUUAAAAACAAUAGCACAUAUUUAUCGUCAAAGAGGAUAGGUAAUAGCGGAGAUCGAAGAAGCUUCUUCGUUGAAACGGAUGUUCGUUGUAUCCGCAUUCUUGGACGGCAGCAGGUCCACCAGCGGAGGCAGCCUCGGUCGAUACUUACCCCGCGACGAAAGGCCGCCGAGGAGAUAAAACCGGAUGGUGUGUAUGUAUGCGAUCACCUGAAUUUCAGAAUUGCAAAUUCUUUAAUUCACGGGGACGCAAUGGCGGCGACGGCAGCCGCCGCGGUUUGCGACAGUGGUGCCCGCCAGCAAAAUACCUUCGCCUGACCUAUACAAACAUCGCGGGAGACGAGGGAUGUGUAUUCAAAAAUUUACAUAGCAAUCAUUAGGGAUCGAUCAGGAGAUCGGAUUUCAUUGAAGGCAGUCCCGUGUUUGCAAACUUGGAUUUUCGUACGGCGACUCCGCCAGGCGCCCUUUGUUGUGCCAACCAUCAAAGUCAGCACGAGGUCAACUAAACACAGUUUCUUCUCCGUCACUGUCGUCAACGCGAUGUGAAAUGUGUGUCGUGUGCUGGCAUUCUCGAUCACGUAUUCGUCGAAUUCGAUACGUAGUGAAUGAAUCAAAAUAUCGGAAUUGCGCGUGGUGAACGAAAAUUCUGGUAUUUCGCAGGACGCUGAUGCCUUACACGACAAUGAGAGUGAAAACCGUACCGAGACAGCGAGUAAUUCAAGACAACAGAAACAUCGAAUCACGGUCGGAAACUUCUAGUGUAAAGUCUGAAAGUACGAGACAAUCUUCAAACGACGACAAGAAAGAUAUGUCGGACGCUGGCAAAGAUGGGUUACAAGGAUCGAACGAAGAUGCGAGUGAUUUAAAUGGGAAUAAAAUCAAAUCAGAAGAUCAAUCGAAAUCAGCAGAGAAGAAGGACAAGGAGACCUUGAAAUAUUCGGAGGAAGUAUUAGAUAUGUCGAUUAAACUGAAGGGCGAAACCUCUAGGACGGAAGGAGAUUCAGUUCUUCUUAGUUUGAUAGCUGGUCCAAGCUGCAAGUACUCCAAUUCGCAGUCAAACGAGGAUGUAAAGGAAUCUGCUAGUAACGACGACAAUAACAAUAUACUACUUCCAAAGACAGAUCUGGAAAACUCCUCGGCGGCUGGUUCCUCGAGCAUAGAUGAUUCAGGUCCAUGCGAAAACGAUUUAACCACACAGACCACCAACGAUUCGGAUAAACCAUCAGAAGCUCUUAAUUUGUGUAAACGAGAUUGUCAGGACGAAGAUGAUUCGAAUCACGGCGUAGGUUCCGAUGAGAAAUUAAAGGACACUUUCCUUUACAAGAUCAUGACAGAUCCAACGUUCUUAGAGAACAUACAGAAGCACAAGCAAACGAAACGAUACACGUGUCCGUACUGUAAACAAGAAUUUAAUAACAGCGAUGAACAGGCCGACCACAUGGAUGCGAAGAAAGACGAAUCGAAUCAGGUGGUUUGCUGCGCGUGCAAAAAGACUUUCGCGCAGAAACGAUACCUAAGGUACCAUCAGAGGUGUCACUCGGAGCGGACCAUGUUCACCUGUGAUAUUUGCACGAAGAAGUACACCAGAAUAGACAAUUUGUCGAGACACAACGCGUUUCACGUGAAUCCAGACAAAUUCUCAUGCAACUACUGCGAGAAAACGUUCGCGAGAAAAGAUCUGCUGAACAAGCAUUUGAAGUGUCACGACAACAAGUAUCGCUUCUUCUGCGAGGUAUGUCAGAGAUAUUUCAAAGGACCGCUCUCGUUGGAAAACCACAAAAAGAAUUUUCACUCUAAGGCUGCAUAAGUACGUGGUUUUUAAGCAUAUUUAUAACUGUAUUAUAGCUGUAAGCUGUAGCAUAUCAAUGAGAGACUAAAAUCUUAACUAGUCGCUAAUUAAAGUGACUCAAUAUAAAACUUGUAUAUCAUAGUCGAUAUAUCAAAUUAGAUACAGAGUGAGUAAAUGUUUGGUAAGGAACAUUGUAUAGAAAAUAAAUUAAAAGAAUACUA